AUGGCACCACCACCGCAGGGCGAAGAUUUUAUGUUACUGCAUAGAAUCAUUAGAUUCCUUGCAUAUCUUUCGUCACACUCGUUCUUCCACGAAAUCCGUGUUAUUGGGGAGGAGAAUGUCCCAAAGGACGGCCCAAUCAUCGUUCUGCGUGCUGAACCGCUCGCAGCUCAGCUGUUCAAGAACCCAGCCGUCGCUUGGAUACUCUAUUCGUCUGGCAACAUCCCCGUGGACCGUAAAUCCAAGGAUAGGCAACGACUUUUCGAUGGUACCUUCAAGGCCUUGGCGAAGGGGAACGCAGUUGCCCUGUUCCCUGAAGGAACCAGCUAUACGGAACCUCGCAUCAUGCAGGUCAAGGACGGAGCGGCCUGGGCUGCUUUGGAAUACUACAAGUACAAGGAGGCGCACCCGGAGCUGGCGGAUCAACCAGACGUCAAGAUUGUGCCCGCGGCCAUCGUCUACACCAACAAGUCAAAGUACCGCAGUAGCGUCGUUGUUGAGUAUGGGAAGCCCAUCUCAGCGGCCGAUUUCAAGGAGCAGUUCCUCUCUACCGAAGAGAAUGCUCCGCGAAGCGCAGUCAAGUGUCUCACCCGGACAUUGGAAUCGGAACUUGUGGAAUCAACUAUCAAUGCGCCCGAUUGGGACACUCUUUACGCGGCUAGAAUGGCUAAAGAUUUGCUGUGGGAAGGAGACCGUUCCGUCGGACUGGAUAAUUUCGUCCCCGUUUCCCAAACCCUCGUCGAUCUGUUCUCCAACCCCGAUAUCGUUCCCAACUUCAACUCGGUGCGACGGCACUUGUUGACCUAUUACUCUCUCCUUCAAUCUUCUCAUCUCACAAACGGCGUACUCUCUUCUUUGCCACUACCACGUUCACUCGACCCCAACACUCCAACCACGACACCUGGCCGCCUCUUUACGUUGUUGAUCUUAGUUCGGGAUUCGAUUACUGCUUUGAUCGGCCUUCCCUUCUUCUUCCUCCCCCUCAUUGUCCAUCUCCCCGUUUACAUGAUGGGAAGAAUGGGAGCGAGGUUGGUGGAAGACGAAGAGGAGACUCAAGCGCAAAAUAAGGUCGCUUUGGGCUUGAUCACUUCGCUUCUUCUGUACCCGGCAGUAUUCUUUUUCCUCUGGGCACUAUUCUGGUAUACGCCCAUUGGUGCCAUCCUCGCCGGGUCGUUGGUCUAUCUUUUCGCUUUCUAUCACACUAAGAUGAUCGAUGGCAAUUAUGAACGGGCGAAACGAUUUGUCGCAGCGUGGCGUGUGCUUGUUGGCGUUUGGACCCCGAAACGAUUCGACCUUUCCAUGGGUGCUCUGUCUCAGUUCAUGACACCCAAGACUCCUCCACCCAAUCCCUGGAUUGACAAGGCACGGGUUUCUCCCAAGAAUGAGGAGUCAAAGGAAGGAGCUCUUGAAAGGUCCACCUCCUUAACUGAUCUGAAACUGCAGCAAGAACCCCCGGUGAAGAGUCGAUCGGCUCGCAGGCCUCCUUCACGCCGGCUUGUCCGACAUGUGUUGCGAGCGCGUGUUGAGGCUAUCAAUGCCCUCGCCAGUAUGUUUGAUCAGCUGGAAAACCAUUCGGACAAGAGAGUGAAGUCCUCCCUCCACCUCGCAAAACUAUAUGGAGAGACGGUUUCGCCGGCGCAAUCGCACUCAGACUCAAAGGGAAUCGACGGUAUUCCAGACCCCGAACAGGUACAGGGCUACCGUUCUGUAAAGGAAAUAAUUCGUUUCCUCAAGGAAAGGGGGGCCAAUAUCCCCACCCUCAGGCACGGUCGCUUUGAGGAGCAGUGGGCGGCCGCCACCAGCAGUGAUGCUGAGGGGUAUUCUACGACGGAGGAGAAGUAG